AUGGAGAUGGAUCUCAUGACGCGGCAGGAGGCCGAGAAGGUGGAGAACGUCUUAGCGGACCUCGCUGAGGAGCUCCAGAUUCUGGCCUUCUUGCCUGAUGAGUUCUCCUCAUGGGUGCGUGAUGAAUCUGUCGUGGCGGCGACUCUACGGGACACAAGCAUGUACCUGCGUCGCUAUGAGGAGCACGUCGCCCUCACGACGAAGGAGGCAGAAGCGAAGCACGACGUCUUUCAAGGCAGUCCGACUGUUGCAGGGCUGUGUGUGUCGGCGCUCUCGUCUCGGUCUAACAGCGGCCGUAGCUGCGGCAGCUGCAGCUCGUGGGCCAACAACAGUCGGCACGGCGACGGCACCGCUUCCGAUCUGCCCAUGUCGUCCUCCUCCCUCUCCCUCACGGCAGAAUAUGAAGAGGAGCGUCAGCGGGCAGUCAAGGCUGCCUGCUUUGUGUACGCCGCCAGCCACUACGGCGAUCUGACUGCCGACGACGAUAACGAGGCGGUGCUGCAGGUCAGCGACUACGCGCAGCUCGAACGUGACUUACUGACGGGAGCCCACACGACUGGCUCUGUGGACGCGGCGGACCUUCAGGCGCACCACUUGAGCACUCGCGCUCUCAUCGACACACUGCGCGACGGCGAGUACGGCGACAUUAUGAAGUACCAUGUGAAGCACCUGUACACGUCGCACUUCUCUUCCACAGGCGCGUCGCAGCAGCCCGGCCCCUCCGUAGCAGCGUCAGACUCGAAGGUGCUGACGCAAGCGUACAGGUGUGGUAUCAUCGAUGAGGACCUGGACCACCUGCGGGAGCUCGUCGUCACGCUGCACCGCCUCAUCCGUCAACGCAACCAGUCGACCGUCAACGAGGAUAUACAUCGCUACCAGCUUCUCCACGACGCUGUGAACCGAGACCAGGCCGGCACGGCGGAUGUGCAGGUGCUGAACCAACGUUACCUCGAUAUGAAGGCCGCCCGCCAACGCGAGGUGGCCGCCCUCGAUCACGAGAUUCAGGCGCUAGAGGAAGAACUGCAGUACGUGCAGCGCACGGCGGAUAUCGAGUUAGAGGCGUUUCAGAACAUGCAGGAGACGGUGCAGGAGGACCGCCGGUGUUCGCUGCGCCAGCAACUCGAGGCGCACCGUAAGAACGCAGAUGAGGUGGCGCGCCGGCUGCAGCUGGCGCAGGCCAAGGCGCUGGACGAGCUCAACACGCUGCGCUCGAACCGCACGAAGCGCGAGGCGGCGGUGAGCGGGGCAAUCACUGAGUACGACGCUCAGAGCGCGUUGCUCGAGGCGGCGAUGCGGCAGUUCAACCAAGAAGCCGAGGAGGACACGGAGCGCAUUGUUGCCGUGGAGGAGGCGGUGGAGAAGCUGCACAAGGAGCGUGAGGAGCACGCCUGGGAAGUUAUGGUGGCGGAGCAGCGACAGGAGCACGCCAAAGUGAUUUGCGAGCGCCAGGAGCACGACGCGCGCGUGAUUCAGGCUUACUAUCGCGCCUUCAUUACCCGCGUGCACACACAGCGGGAGCUCGAGAAGUGCGCCAAGAAGCGCAAGAAGAAGGGCAAAGCGAAGAAGUGA